AUGCCACCCAAAUCUCCCAUCCGCUUCCCUACGAAACCUCCUGCUGCGCCAAAACAGUAUGUGAGGCCUUCCCUACCGAUCAGACUGGCAAAUCCAGGUCCGCGAGCCCCGCUGCGAUCCCUAUCCACCUCGGCAUCACCUUGGCGCCCCGUCCGUCGUCCUCCUCCACCACCGCUUCGAUGGCAUGAAACCAGCCACGCCCGCACAGGCCGACGCUACAUAAAAUGGGGCAUAAACGGUUUCGCGGCAAUCAGCGCCAUGCUCUUCAUACGCGACAAUUGGUUCGAAAUACAGCACGUCCGCGGUUCCUCCAUGGCACCUACACUCAGCCCGGAUGCGCACGAGACUGGCCGAGAAGACUACGUCAUUGUGAUACCGUACCAUGCUACGAUUGAUUAUAGUACAGUUCGUAAAGCAGAAGAAAAGGAGGUUUGGAGCGUAAAACGAGGUGACGUCGUAACGUUUUGGAAACCGCAUAAACCAGGCGAGAUGGGUAUCAAACGCAUUGUCGCUAUGGAAGGAGAUACGGUUUAUCCUGCAAGGGGAUAUGCGCUUGAUCCGCAAGUCUAUGAGGCGAGGUUGAAGGGUUUACCGGAUGGGCUGGUAGAUCAUGAUGAGGACAGUAUAGCGGCUAGGGAUGGUCCAGAAGUUGGCAAGGUGGUUGUGCCAUAUGGACAUGUGUGGCUUGAAGGGGAUAAUUGGAGGAAGAGCUUGGAUAGCAACGACUUUGGGCCUGUUAGCAAGGGCUUGAUUCAAGGUAAGGCUGUAAGGGUUUGGAGGGACUGGUGGAGAUUGAGAGAGGUGGGCGAUGAGAGGAAUAAGAGGGAGAAGCGGAUGAGAAGUAGGGUCGUGGAGGGACGGAGUGAGGCUCCUGAGUUGUUCUUGGAAUGA